AUGGCAGUCAAUGCAGACGAAGACACAGAAUUCAAUGAUGCCCUCCGCAAGCACGGUAUCCUCCCCCCGCGCGAGCCGCCUCCCUCACCCUCUCAACCGCCGUCGCCCACCCUCGAGGAGGCGCUAGGCGAUCUCACACCUGCGGAACUCAGAGAGCUCGGCGAAGAUGCGAACGACUCAGAGACAGAGCGCGUGGUUGAGAACCACCGGCGGCAGCGCGUGGCAGAGCUGCGCAAACAGGAGAAGGCACGCUUCGGUCGCGUCUACCCCAUAGGGCGGGACGAAUACACGAGGGAAGUCACCGAGGCGAGCAAGGUUACCGAGGAAGGCAAGCCGGAGUCGCAUGGGACCGGCGUUGUGUGUUUCCUCUAUAAGGACGGUAUUCCUCGCAGCGAUCGUGCAUUUGAGCAUAUCCGAAUUUUGGCGCAACGGCACCCAGACACGAAGUUCGUAUCCAUGGUUGGGGACAAAUGCAUCCAGAACCUCCCGGACACUCGAAUUCCUAUGUUUAUUGUUUACCGCAACGGUGAGGUACUCAACCAGGUCGUGGCAUGGGGCGCAGACCGAGAACGGCGUAUUGAAGGUCGGUCUAAGGCAGCUUCAGAUCCCAGUUCGCGCUAA